CAAUUGCCGCGACUGACAAGUCAACUCAACGUCAACUCAAGCCAGUCGGUCGGCCUGCUUCGCCGAUCUCGCUCGCUUGUGUUUGUGUAUUAUACAAAACGCGGUCCAGUGGCAAACGCGUUCAUCAAUUGUAAAGUUAUGACUUUGUGACGUAAUAUCAUGAGUAAAGCCGAUUCCUCGGCGGAAGGCGCCUUGCCUAGCGUGGCCAUAAACGUGAGCCACUUUGGAGAUCAAGAUCAGGAAUGUCUAAAACUUCUCGAGCCAAGUUCACCAGCACCUGUUUUAACGCCCUCUGGGCAAAUCCGCAAAGUUAAGAGUUUCACCGAUACACACAGACUCAGAGAUGUGAACGCCGCCUCUGGUGCAGCGUCCGCGCGGAGCCUACGCCCCUACGACCAGGUGACUGCAUACCCCGACGGUUCUGACAGCGGAACAAACCAUUAUGCUCCUUCUGUGCGUUCACUUGCGUCAAUUGGAAUGGGGUGUACCGAUGGUCGCAAAAUGGUCAUUCGAAGAGUUCCAACAUCGCCGACGGAACUGUUUCAUCUAGUACGUCCUCCUACGCCUCCAGAUGAAGACACAGCAUCCCACGAUAGUGAUUGUGGCGAAGAAGAAGAAGACGCCGAAACGGUGCACUUGAAACCGCGAAGACCUUUCUGGGCCAAUAAGAUACAAUUUGUACUGGCCUGCGUCGGGUACUCCGUUGGCCUUGGCAAUGUGUGGCGGUUCCCUUAUCUUUGCUACAAGAGCGGAGGAGGUGCAUUUUUGAUACCAUACUUCAUAGUACUCCUAAUAUGCGGCGUGCCUAUGCUCUUCAUGGAACUGGCUAUAGGUCAAUACACCGCUCAUGGACCCAUCGGCGCGCUCUCACAAAUAUGCCCGCUAUUCAAAGGUGCUGGUGUAGCGAGCGUGGCGAUCUCCUUUAUAAUGUCCACGUACUACGCAGUCAUUAUCGCUUGGGCCAUUUAUUACUUCUUCACAUCGUUCAAAUCAGAAGUGCCAUGGGCGAGCUGCUCGAAUAGAUGGAAUACACCGCAGUGUUGGGUUCCUAACCAUAACACUAACAUCAGUAAACCAAAUGGCUCUCAGACUCCCACCGAACAAUUUUUUGAGAAAAAGGUCUUAAGCAUGAGUGACGGUAUAGAAUUCCCUGGUGGCAUGCGGUGGGAGUUGGCAGCUUGUUUAGUUUGUGCUUGGGUGCUGGUUUACUUCGCACUAUGGAAAAGUAUUAAAUCUUCAGCGAAAGUUAGAUACAUCACUACAACUUUACCGUUCUUACUGAUUGUAGUAUUCCUUGGUCGAUCACUGACAUUGGAAGGUGCUAAUAAAGGUUUAAAGUUUUUCUUCAAACCUGACUGGGAGCUUCUGAAACAAUCAAGACCAUGGGUGAACGCUGCCUCGCAAAUCUUCAAUUCUAUCGGGAUCGCGUUUGGGUCCAUGAUAAUGUUCGCCUCCUACAAUCGUUUCGACAACAACUUCCUCCACGACACGCUGGCGGUGUCGCUAAUCAACGCGGUUACUAGUCUCAUUGUGGGCAUAUUCACCUUUGCCACUAUUGGAAACAUAGCUUUUGAGCAAAACACAUCCGUCAAAGACGUCAUCGCUGAUAGCCCUGGAUUGCUAUUCGUGGUAUAUCCCCAGGCUAUCGCAAAAAUGCCAGCAUCACAGCUUUGGGCUGUAUUGUUCUUUUUUAUGUUCCUCUGUCUUGGAUUAAAUAGUCAGUUCGCGAUAGUUGAAGUGGUAGUGACAUCAAUACAAGAUGGAUUUCCUGACAUGAUUCGCAAACGACUCGUAUAUCACGAAUUACUGGUGCUGUGUGUAUGUGCCGUAUCACUUAUAUUCGGGUUACCGCACAUAAUACACAGUGGCAUUUAUGUAUUCCAACUAAUGGACUAUUACGCUGCCUCCCUUACCAUCACAUAUCUAGCUUUCUUUGAAAUGGUCGCCAUAGCAUGGUUCUAUGGCGUAGACAGGUUGUCUAAAAACAUUAAACAAAUGACGGGCCAAUGUCCUUCGUUGUAUUUUCGAUUUUGCUGGCUAAUAGCAGCCCCGGCUCUUCUGCUGGCGCUUUGGGUGGUCAGCUUGGUGGACUACAUGCCGCCCAGUUACCGGCAAUACCAGUACCCCGCGUGGGCGCAAGUGCUUGGCUGGACCAUCGCAAGCGUGUCCCUACUAUGCAUACCAGUGUUUGCUAUCGUAGCCAUAGUCAGAUCGCCUGGAACUAGUUUAAGAGAGAAAUUACGUAAUUCAAUACGACCAACGUCGUUGUGCGACUGUGGAAUUGCUGAUUGUGAUUUAUGCUGCUCAGAAUCUGAACCGCCCGACGAUAAAGUGACGAUCACCUAGUCUUCGAUUUAAAUACUUACAUCUUAAAUAAGUAUCAAUAUAGUUAAGGUCUCUUGUACCUAUUGAAACAUAGAGUGUCAUCUAGAACAAUGAUAAUUAUACAAUGAUAACAAACUCAAACAAGACAAGCGAUGAUCAUUUUAUAUAAAUUAUCUUGAAUUCACUCAUGAGCCUGUUCUCGACCUCAAAGUAUGAUUUAAAAUAUGUGCUCUUGUAACAGUGACAUAGUUUAUAGCACUUCAACUGACGGUAAAUAGGUACUUCAGUGGACUUCAAACAGAUCUGUUGAUUGCAGUAGGUUAAAUGAGUGGCUAAGUAUAUAUUAUUUAUCAUACAGAUUAAUCAGUCCUAUGUGUAUUACAAUCUUUUGUUUUACUAAAAAUUUUAAUGUCAAAAUUGGUUAAUAUGUGGGUUUUAUUGAUACGAGUAGAUUAAAAUUUAAUUGGGUUACAAAUGGUUAGCAAAACAUCAAUAAACAAACAAAUGCUCAGUAUCUAUGUUGAUUAAGCAGGCCAAGCAAGCAUGAUGGUUAAGCAGGUUAGACAGGUAAAAAAAUAACAUUUUUUAAGGUUCAAUAGCUAUGCAAGGCAUGGACUCAUUAAGAAAUACAACACAUGAAAGUUCAUUGAUUUUAUUAUUUUUCUUAUAUAAAUAACUGAAUAAUAUAUUUAAUUGUUACCAAUGCCAAUGCCCUGAACUACCUUUGGCAAAAUAUGACACAGUUUGCAUCUUAAAGAUUUAUAGGAUAAAUUUUAUAUCUAUAGUACUUUGUAAACAUUCCAUUAGAUUAUACUUUUAAUAAUUACAUAAUAUAUUGUCCCUUUGUCUUUAUACCUGCUACUGUGAUCUAACACAUUCCAAAUACGAGUAAAUUUAUCUUGUUUUAUAAAAAAAUAUUAUAAUUAUUCCUUUUUUCUAACAUUGUUAGAAUAUUACACAAAUGGUAUCAGUAACCCUAAACACAUUAAAACCAGUAAGUACUACAGAGUACACCAGCAUAAUAUAAAUUUAAUAAAGGGCUAAUUAAAAUAGUUUUAUUGUAGAGUUAAACUCUAUUAGUCCAAGAUUUAAAUGUGAAUUGUAUGAAAUACUUCUAUGUAAUGUAAAUAAUAUUUUUAGUGUUUAAACCAUUGUGAGUAGUACUCAUACUUAUAACUACUUACUAUAGACGGCUGAAACUCCCAGUAAUUUUCUUAAGAGUGUUAUGAGCUAAGUAUAGGGAGUAGUUAUAGAAUUUGUUGUGAAUAAAAAUAAAUGUGAUACAAUAUUUAAAAGAAAAUACACAAGUAAACAAA